AGUCAGCCUUUGCGGUUUUCAAAUAAUUUGGGUCAUGAAUGUGACCCCCCCCCACAGAGGAGUUUUCCCUAUAUGAGGGACGCUAAAGUGAUCAAAUCGAAUACAUUCUUUGCAGUGUUUACUCAAUUUUUUUCCAGUAGCGUGCCAUACUGUACUCACAUGUUGGGCACUCAAAUCUCUUCAACAGAAUUCUCAAACCAAUCAUUGCGAUUGAAUGAUAUGAUGCCUCGUGGGGGUGGUGUUGGCAUGCUUCCCAAAUCCAACGUCUUCUCAAGCAUCUCCGCUCCUCCUCAGUCGUCUUCAAGCCACCCACCUCCAUCACAUCAUCAGCCUCAACAAACUCCUCCAAUGAAGACUUGUCAAGCCUGUCAGCAGCUCAUUCAUCGCAAUGCCCCAAUUUGCCCACUCUGUAAAACUAAGAGUCGCUCGAGGCAUCCUAAGCGACCAGCUAAGGGUCGAAACAAUCCUCCUCUCAGCGUCAGCUCCGGCCUAACCACUUCCCCGAACACUUCCACAGGUCAAACACCAACUGGAACUGGAGCCUCCAAUUCUGGCGCUCCCUCGGAGCAUAUCUAG